AGGAUGCAUAGCAGCAGUGUUAUGUGUCGAAGGAACCUCGGCUAAGUACUUCUUUUGGCCGUGAUUGGCAAAAUCCUGCGAACACUUUGUUCAUUCAGUUCUCAGAGACCGCGUUAGAGCCUGAAACCGUCGGGUUGGUCGUUACAUAUUUCCUCCAGACCCGGACUUCGCAGACGUUACGUUGGGACAAUGGAAUCUAACGUUAUCCCGGACAGUAUCCGCCCUCAGAGGCUACAGCCAGGGAUUGGAUUCGGUUCAGGACCGACCGGGACCCUCCGCUCCUCUCUCCGGCCCGGGGUUACGGUGCCCAUCGCGCCUCUGCUGCCCUCCCCGGCCUCUCUGGCCGCCUCGUCCGGGCCUCCCCCGCCGCCGCCUCCGCUGCAGCUCCACAGCUUGUACGGCGGUGUCGGAGCGGGGCUGGGGCCGGGGGCUACCGGCCACUGUAACCCGGGGAACCCGGCGGUGCUGAAGGAGGCGGUGGAGGCUGUGGUCCGCAGCUUCGCCAAACACACACAAGGUUACGGCAGAGUAAACGUGGUGGAAGCUUUACAGGAGUUUUGGCAGAUGAAGCUGACCAGAGGGGCUGAUCUGAGGAAUGGAGCUUUAGUUGUUUAUGAAAUGGUCCCAUCCAACAGCCCACCAUAUGUUUGCUAUGUUAGUCUUCCAGGAGGCAGCUGCUUUGGAAGUUUCCAGUUCUGUCCCACAAAGGCAGAGGCAAGACGCAGCGCUGCCAAGAUUGCCCUCAUGAACUCUGUUUUCAAUGAACAUCCCUCUCGUCGCAUCACAGACGACUUCAUUGAGAAGAGCGUGAGUGAGGCCCUGGCCUCCUUCAAUGGAAACAGAGAGGAGGCUGAUAAUCCCAACACAGGAAUUGGGGCUUUUCGCUUCAUGCUGGAGUCCAACAAAGGAAAAUCCAUGCUGGAGUUUCAGGAGCUGAUGACAGUGUUCCAGCUGUUGCACUGGAAUGGAAGCCUCAAGGCCAUGAGAGAACGACAGUGUUCCCGACAGGAGGUGCUGGCUCACUAUUCCCACCGGGCUCUGGAUGAUGACAUGCGCACUCAGAUGGCUGCCGACUGGGUGAACCGAGAACAGAGCAUAGCGGGCACUAUUGCGCAGGAGCUGGCCUCCACAGAGCGAGAACUGGAGGACGCCAGGCUGGCGGGCAGAGAACUGCGUUUUUACAAAGAGAAGAAAGACAUCCUGAUGUUAGCUGUGGGUCAGCUGAGUGCAGCCAACUCUGCCACCCUACCGUCACACUAAACCUAGCGCGUGGAAACAUGCCUUCACACUCCGUAGGAUUCCUGGUAACGGUAUUGAACAUUUCAUAGAGAUAAAGAUGGUUCAUUUGAUUUUUUUUUUUAAAUUUUGAUUUUGAAUCUUGUGUUUUGUUAUGAGGACCAGGUAAUCAGGCCUUUACUUUACAGUAUGCACAUCUGUCCAUAAAACAAACACUUGCCGCUAUAGCCGUUACCUCUUUGUGCCUAGUGAUUACAGGAUAACAGUGCUUCUUUAAAAAAAAAAAACAAAAAAAAACCUGUAAACAUGCUUGGCAUACCAGCCAUUGGGGUGUACAUGUCUUUUUUUCAUUAUUUCAUACUGUAACAAACAAAACCUGCCUUUCACCAGUGAAUGUACAGGUCAUAAGGUAAUAUGACUCAACAAACCAAACACAUAUGAGGUAAAGAUCUGAUUUAAGUCAGACUGGUGUGUUUUCUUUAAUGUUUUGGGUGCGUUACUUUAUAAUACUUCACUUAUAGUAUUGUGGACUCUGGCAAGUCAAAGUGGUAAAAAGAAGCAAAAGAGAGUAAAUACCAGAAUUGAAACUGUCUCUCACAACCUUUAAACCUUGACAGCAAGCACCUCCUGUCCACUAAUGAGCAUAAACAG